GAUUGAUAUGUUGGUCACGCGAACCGGGCUAAUCGAGGGGCACACAACCUAUGGAACCAGUCGUGGAGGCCGCUCUCGCACCUCCAAUCUCCCAUCUCUAAGAAUCACAGUAUCGUCGACGUACGCCUGGCGGCAAAGAUCAGCAGAAGGGUCCUGUCCAAUCCGCCCGACGAGGGUGGUCAUAGGAGAAAGUGCAGUGAUCGGUGACGACACGUCUGGUCUCGCACCACCCGGUCCUCCGGCGAGACAAGGAAAGCCGGCGGUGACAGGCACCCGAUGUAGAAUUACUUAUACAGAGGAAUAGGACUUCAAAAAAGUUUCUGAUCCAUCAUAAGAUUGAGUUGAGCUUUGGAUCUUCGUAUAGAUCCGACGAUGAUAGGAUUAAACAGCUCAAUAGGUCGCAUGCCAUCGUGCGCCAUGAAACGAUAUAUUAGGAGCGAUACCAAGUCAAGAGUCUUUCGACCGCGGGACAAAACGACAAAUAUCUGAGAGUCCCUACCCCGCGAUAAAGCUCCCGCCUUGCGUUUCUUCAUCGAAGCACAGCAAUGGCCUCACUCUACACUUCCACUUCCAGGAUCUCUCCGGACUUCGGACACCCACAAACACCAAAACCCAUCAACCUCCGUCCCAGGACGUUGCCUCUCUGGCCGCUGAAGAAUCCCAAGCUAAAGCCUCUCUGCACGUACGCCGUCCCGAACGCCGGCGACCCCAGGGUCUACCGCCGCCGCCGCGGCGGAGAGAGCGCGAGCCCUCGCUCCACCACCAAGUACAGGACAGAAAAUCCACCUCGCCAACAGGGCCGCGAAACUCCUUCGAAGGAUGCUCGUGAUUUGACGGAGAGUCGGGGAGGUGGCGAGUCGGGGGAACAGAAUUUGGGGUCGGUACGAGGGGGUUUGGAGGAAGCUGAUCUGAUGAGUUUGUUGCAAGAGGGUAAGGUGGAAGAAGCUGUUGGGUGUGUGGAACAGGGGGGUUGUGCGGACUAUGCUGUUUUUGGCGCGUUAUUGGAAUUGUGCGAGAAUUCGAAGGCUCUCGAUCUAGGCAAGAGAGUUCAUGAUUUGUUGAGGCGGUCUCGCUUUUGGGGCGAUGUGAAUUUGAGUGAGAAAGUGGUGAGGAUGUACGUGAAAUGUGGUAGCAUGAGAGAUGCGCGCCGGGUGUUCGACAGAAUGCGUGAAAAGGAUAUGAGUUUGUGGCACUUGAUGAUCAAUGGCUAUGCUGCGAGCAGCCAAGGAAAUGAUGGGUUGCUAUUGUUCGAGCAAAUGAGGAAGGCGGGGCUACUUCCCAAUGGCAAGACAUUCACGGCUGUUUUGGCGGCUUGUGCAAGAGCAGGAGCGGUAAAACAAGGGCUCAUGCACUUUGAUUCGAUGAGGAACGAGUUCGGUAUUGCUCCAAGCAUCGAGCAUUAUUUAGGGGUGAUUGGUGUGUAUGGAAGUUUGGGUCAUUUGUGCGAAGCGUGGGAUUUUGUUGAGAAAAUCCCAAUCGAACCCACUUUGGAGAUUUGGGAGGCACUGAGGAAUUAUGCUCGGAUUCAUGGGGAUCUUGAGCUUGAGGACCGAGCGGAGGAGUUGUUGGUUGCUCUUGAUCCUUCCCAGGCAAUUGCCAAUAAACUCCCAUUACCUCCGAGAAGGAAGGAUUCUGCAGUCAAUAUGAUUGAGGAGAAGAAUAAGCUGAGCAAGUAUCGAUGCAUCGAACCGUACAAGGAAGAGGUGAAUUCGAGAGGCUUGAAUGGGCAGAUGAGGGAAGCCGGGUACGUACCUGACACGAGAUAUGUCCUCCACGACAUUGACGAGGAGGCGAAAGAGCAGGCCUUGCAAUAUCACAGCGAGCGCUUGGCGAUCGCCUAUGGUUUGAUCAGCACGCCACCAAGAACGACACUGAGGAUCAUGAAGAAUCUCCGAAUUUGUGGGGACUGUCACAACGCAAUUAAAAUCAUGUCUAAGAUCGUCGGGAGGGAGUUGAUUGUGAGGGAUAACAAGCGAUUCCAUCAUUUCAGGGAUGGCCAGUGCUCCUGUGGAGAUUUUUGGUGAAGUUGGCUUUUCCCCUGGUGAUGGGAACUUCUGUUUAUUCCAAGUUCUACCACGUAAAAAGGGCCCUCUAUGGUCCUUUCUCGUAGAGGAUGAAGUGAUUGUCUAGACAUGGGAGUUUGUUAUUGUACUAGAUGCUCAAAAGUCAUGGACCUAGAUUGAUGACAUUAGCACUUUCAUUAUGGGUGAGUUCCUGGAAGGCAGCAUGAACGUUUUUCGCUUU